AUGGGAACUAACCUCUGUGGUUAUUUGUUUAGCUGUGCCAAAAGCAACAGGUGUGUCUGUUCUCCAUCUGGGUAUUUAUCUUUCUGGGGGGUUUUCUCUGUCUCUUCCCAGAGCUCAGACAGAGUGUUGAACCGCAUCGGCAGUUUAUUUUCCAUAAAGAAGAAGAAGAGCCAGAGCGGUUCACUCUCAGCAGACUCAGAGGAUGGAUCCUGGCUAGGUCCUGGCUCUCCCGUCUCCCCCCAGUCCUCUGGUUCUCCUCUCUCCCCCCACCAACCACCAGAGGAAGACUGGCUAAGGACCCCCACCACUACCCGGAGAGAGGGUGAGGUAGUUGAAGCUGGAGCUGGGCCAGUGCGGGGAAGUUUGCCGGAGCUCCAGGCGGAGGGAUCGGUGUUCAGUACCAGCUCCAGCCCUAGUACCUCCAGCCUAGCCUCUCUGGUGGUGGUGGACCGAGGGGACCUGCUGUUUGCAGGCAGCGACAGCAGUGGCCGUGGCAGCGUGAGGGAAGUGCAGGUGUGCAGGGUGAGCCGGGCCGAGGCAGAGUCAGACGGAGAGGCAGACAGGAAUUAUUGGAAUCUGACUCCCACAAACCCGUCCUCCACCAGAGCAGACCAAGUCCCAGAGCUCAGCCCCACUGAGGACGUAGUAGGAGAGGUGAGCAGGAGGCUGCAGGUACAUCUGGAACAAACCACUGUGAAAGAAGGCGAAGGGUCGGGAGGGGGCAGCCAAGUGGUCCAAACCACCCUCAGGUCGUUUGAGCUCUCCCAAUCUCACCUUAAGACUGACGUCAGCUCUCUGGUCACAGAGUCUAAAAAGACCUCCCUGAAAACAUAUGUUGGAGGGAAGGGGAGUUACCUGGUGGGAGUGACUGUAGGCUCUCAGUCCUGCACCCCGUCCUCCUCAGAUCCCCAGCCAGAGGGGGAGGACAGCCCAGCCAUGGGAAAGAAGAACAGGAGGAGGGCUCUGAAAUCCACCAGCAGCAGCUCGGCUGAAACAGCUCCCCCCACACAGACCACGUUACCUGGGGGAGAGGAGGGGACGACGCAGGACUCACCUGUGAAGCUACACAAAGCCUUGUGGGUGGAAACACACCUGAGAGAAGAGGAGGUGGAGAGGGAGAGUGCAGACUCGCAUCCAGUCAUGGCCAUACCUGUGACUGUGGCCCCUGUGGAGUACCCUGAUACUGCAGCAGUAUCAGCAGCAGCAGCCGGUGGCAGAGAGCCAAAUCCAGCCUUCAGGGAGUCCAAAACAACAAACACAGCCCAGCCAGAGUCAAACAGUCCAGGCACAGACUCAGAGAGCAGCUCAGAGAGCAAAGAGGAGAGCAAAGAGGAAAAGCGCAGGAGUGUGAAACUGUCUCAAAGUGAGAAGCUUUUCCCUAAGAAGGUGUAUGUGAGCCCUAAGGCCAGUUUUGAUGGGGACGAGCAGACAAAGACAGAGCUGAAAAACAAUGACAUCAUAGACUUGGCUUCAAAGAUUCCUCAGAAGUCGGAGGUGAAACUCCUGCCAAGCCUCAAAAAAGUGAAUGUAGACCUCAAGGAACCAAACAAUGACUAUGUCAUCACUGCUGGAGAGAUAACUGAGGGUACAGACUCUGAUCGAAGACACCAUGACCCCAAGGCUGUAGACAGUUCCCCAACGACCCCAACCCCAGAGCUGGAUGAGGCCUCUCCAACCACAACCAUGCCAGGAUGUAAAAUACAGCCCAACACAGGGAGUUCAAGGGUUCGAUGUCAGGGGACAACCCAGGUCUCCCAGUCUAAACCAGGGACAACCCAGGUCUCCCAGUCUAAACCAGGGGACAAAGUAGGAAAUGUAGCCAGUCGGUCAAAGAACCCACCUCCUCCGGUUGGACCCAAGUCCAAAGCUGUCCUGGGCAUGGCUAAGGGAAAGGGUCUCAAAGAUGGUGGCAAGGCAGGGAUUUCUAGUGGGGCUCCAUCACAAAGGACAGAGGUUAUGUCACCUAAAUUAAAGGAUCAACCCACCGCAGGAAAAACAGAGGUCACCGACAGCCCCAAGUCGAGAAUCCCCAAAAAGUCACAGACAGAAGCUGCAUCAAAACCCCCACUGUCACCAGUCACAACCUCAGUGGUUGAUGUUUCAGUGGCUCUGUCUCCUCCUGUGUCUGGUUCCAAACCACAGAAGAUACCUAAACCUAAACAUUUAAUGAUUAAAACAGACAAAAAGCCUAUCGCUGAGGAGGUGAAGGAAGUGGGUUCAGGGGGGAAACAAACUCCAGGGCCUGUUAAGUCAGAAGAGGUGUCACCUACUAAAGUACCAGUCUUGUCACCUGUGAAGUCCAGCAAAGAAAAGAGCAAAGAGAAUUCAGAUAAGGUAAACCUGGUCAAUGGGCUGGAGAAAGACCUUGAGGACAACACCACUGCCACAGCCAAAACAAGUGAACCCAAAGAUGUCAAAAAGCAGGCUCCAACAUGCCCAGACAGCACCAACAGCAGCAUGAUACCAAAGAGCAGGUUACCCAAAUCCCCUGACAACUCAUUGUCUCCGGUCAGAAAGAUGAAAGAUGGCAAACCCCAAACCAUCGACACAGGCAGUAAAAAAAAAGAAAACACUGAGAGAGCAUCAGGUGUCAAUAGUAGGCCUUCCACACCAACCAGCCCAAAGCAGCAGGAGCUGCCCAGCCCAGAGGAAAGGCCCCCAGAUGAGAGACUGACCCCUGAACCUGAGAAGGGAAGAAAGCUGCCUUGCCCUUUGCAAAAACAUCUGCCCCAACAGGCCUCCAAUAAGAGCACUCCCUGUGACGAUGGGGACACACCCACCCCUCCCUCACUGGUACCAACCAAGCCAGAGAAACCUGCCUCCCUUGGACUUAAGAAGCAGAGUGAGGACAGGAGCAGUAGUAGUACACCUGAAACAAAACUGGAUGCAAAAUCGGAAAAUGCAAAAAAUAAAUCUCUAUCGGUCAAAACUACCUGUAUUACACAGGAACAACAAACCAAACCAUCCCCAGAUCUCUCAUCCGAGACAGAGAGUGACUGCAACUAUGUGGAAGCCUUAACCGAUACACCACUGCAGCAGAUGGGUCCUGUGAGCCCAGGUGUAGUCCUGGAGAAACGCCCACCUGAACCAAGCCCCAUUGUGUCUGCCUCAGGCAGACCUACCCAUGAGGAAGUAAUAUAUACAUCCAACAAGACUGAGUUGACUGAUCGCAUUCAUAUUGACACUGAGACCCAAGCUAAUCAGAAAAGUGAUGAGCAUAAUGAAAAUGCUUCUAUAGCUUCAGAGAAGCUCUUACUUAGUGCUAGAGAAGGGAUAUCCAAUACGAAUCAGCCUGUGGAACACGGCCUGGAUGUAGCAAAGGACAGCUCACCCAAAAACGCCUCCACUGUGGUUGAAAGUGGAGAGAGUCAAGAUACGGCAAAACAGCCAACUCUCAUUGGCUUGGAGGAAAAAUCAAAGAAACUAGCUAAUGUUCAAACCCCAGAUAUAGUACCCAUUGGUAAUGGCAUAGUUUCUGAUAUAUCCAUAGUGUCUGGGAAAGAGACUGAAGUACAGAAAGGGGGAGAGCAAGUGAAGGUCACCGACGUUAUAACAGAGGCUGCGAUUGUUCAGAAACCAAUUGAAAAUGGUGAGGUCCAACUGAACAAAGAGCUUCCUUCACUGACACAGAAUUUGGCAGAUGCACAUAGCGGGCCACACAAAGAAUACAAAGAGGACAAACCGGGUGAGGCAGCAUCUAAGAGCACAGUUACUAAGAUGGAGGUAAAACAGGAAUCAAAGACCAUAACUACAAAAGCUCAGAAGGAGAAAGUGACAAAACAAGAAGAAAGACCCAGCGAAGGAGCCACUAAGAUAUUAGACACAAAACAGGACUCAAAAACCAUAAGCACAAAAGCUCAGGAGAAGAAGGUCUUAGUCCUCAAAGAACCCCCUAAAACUACAAAAGCAACCUCCAAGGCUGAGCUGCCUCUUCAGCCGCCAACUUCUCUGAAGCUCCCCUCUCCCCCUAAACCGCUCCAUCUGAAACAGGAAUCUCCAUCCAGCUGGCUGAAUGUGGAGCGCGGCUCCAAACGGGAGCAGAAGAGGGAGACCAAGAGGAGGCUGGACUGUUCAGCCUGCGAGGAUGAGAGUCUGGCUGAGACUGACAACGUGGAGGACUUCAUCAGGAGCAUUAAGGAACUGGGCACCCCCUUUCCCCUGGCUCCCAAGAGGCACCACGACCAUGCCAAGAACUCCUCGCCCCCCUUUGCCCUGCCCGCCAUCAAGGAGGACCGCUUCGAGAACCCUUUUGACGCUGAUGGCUUCCAGUUUGGCCUGAAAAAGAGGGUGAAGGAUAAAGAAACCCCGGCCAUGUUGAUGAAGAAACAGGCCUCAGACAGGGAGGAGAAGACACAGACAAGACGGGCUAAUGCAGAGGACAGCCUUCUCUUCAAAGCCCUCCAGUCUCCAUCUAGAGCCCGGAGAAAACCAGGAUGUCAAACAGACGGGAAAGAUGGCGAGGUGGAAAUGAAGGUAGAGUUGAAGAGGGAAGUAGAGAAGAAAGAGGAGCUCUGGGAAGAAACCGGGCAGAUCACGUCGCGGCUAGGAAGGUCGUCCCUACUCUCCAACCUGUUGAGCUCCCCCAGGACUUCCAGAAGGGACAAAGGGGAUCCUUCCUCCUCAGUCUCUAAUGGUGCUCCUCCCUCUCCUACCACCCAGGGCACAGUGCCAGAAAGGGCGGGUGGGAGAGGUAUGAAUCCGGGCCUGCGUAUGGGUGUGGUUGCAGCUGGUGAGUCAAUAAUCAGUCCCUCCUCACCACCUCCUCUCCCCUCGUUCACUGAGCUAAAGCUGCCAGAUACCCUGGAGCAAUAUCUCAGGAAAGAUAAAGGAUCUUCACAGAGUAGCGCUACACAGAGUACAAUGGCUAGCCCUGUAAUGGGCCUAGGUCAGGGUACUGGACUAAAGGGACUUACCUUAGGACUUCAUCCAGCCACCAACCACAUCACACAGGCCCCUCUGAUUGGUCUUCCUGCAGCCAACCCUAAGAUUCCAGAAGCGAGAGGGUUCCACAAACGGCCUGGGAAGAUAGUGCUCCAUGAGCAGGCUCAGUUUGGAGGAGAGGCCUACGAGGUGUUUGGGGAUGUGGAGGAUGCCUCCAUGAUGAAGCUGUCUCCUGUCAUCUCAGUCAGGGUCAUCAGGGGAUGCUGGCUGCUGUAUGAGAAGCCAGGGUUCCAGGGGCGGACCAUCGCCCUGGAGGAGGGGCCCAUGGAGCUGGUCAACGUGUGGGCAGAGGAGGUGACACCAGGGGCACUGGAUCAGAUUGGUCUGCCUGUGCCAACCUCACCCAUGGUCAUCGGAUCUAUCCGCCUGGCAGUGAGGGACUACAGUCUACCUCGGAUUGACCUGUUCACUGAGGUGAAUGGUCUGGGGGGAAUGACAUCAUUCUGUGACGACACCAUCGAGAUCUGCUCUUACGGGAACAUACAGAACACCGGCUCCAUCAAGGUCCACUCUGGAGUCUGGCUGGUGUAUGGUGACCCAGGGUUUGGGGGUCUCCUAACGGUGUUGGAGGUGGGAGAGUAUCCCUGUCCAGAAGCCUGGGCAUUCCCUCAGCCCUUCAUCGGAUCGCUGAAAACCCUCAAAAUGGGUGGGAUAAAGGUGGAGCAUCCUAAUGAAGUAAAGGCUCUGGUGUACGAGAGGCCGUGCUUCGAGGGCGAGUGUGUGGAGAUUGACAAUGAUGUGUACAACUUCAGAGAGGAGGAAGAGGGGGGGGAGGAGGAGGAGGAGGAGGAGGAGGAGGCAGAAGUUAAUCCAGUCAGAAGGAAGACGUUGUGUUCUGUGGGAUCCAUCAAGAUCCUUCGUGGACUCUGGGUUGGCUAUGAUGAGCCAGAGUUUGAAGGUCACCAGUAUCUCCUGGAGGAGGGGGAGUAUCCUGACUGGAGGGAGUGGGGAGGCUAUGGAGACCAGCUCCUGUCACUACGCCCUGUCCGCACUGAUUUCCUGUCUCCCCAUGUGAAGUUGUUCAGUGAGAGGGAAUUUGGGGAGAGAGGGGUCAACGUGGACCUGCUAGGGCCUGUCACUAACAUGGAGGGCACCGGCUUCGGCCCCAAGACACAGUCCAUCAAUGUCCAGGAUGGAGUGUGGGUUGCCUUCGAGAACCCUGGGUUCUCCGGAGAACUUUACAUUCUAGAGAAAGGCCUCUACGGAAGCCCAGAGGACUGGGGAGGACAGAACCUCCAGAUAUCCUCACUGCAGCCAGUCUUCCAGGAUAUCCUGGGUGGAUCAUGCAAGUUCAAGCUCCAGCUGUUCUCAGAGCCUGGGUUCCAGGGCAGAGUGGUGGUACUGGAGGACAGUGUGGUAGCCCUGGAGGAAAACUUCUUCCCUGGCUCCUGUAGAGUACUGGCUGGGAGCUGGGUGGCGUAUGAAGGAUCCCAGUUCACAGAGCACACUUAUGUCCUGGAGGAGGGAGACUACCCCAACACUGAGUCUAUGGGCUGUCUGGGUCCUGACUCUACCAUCCGCUCCGUACAGACCAUCAGCCAUGAGUUCUCCUUCCCGUCCAUAACGUUGUUCAGUAAGGUUGGCUGUAGAGGCCGUAGGGUGGUGCUGACUGGAGGGGUGGUGAACCUGCAGCUGGCUGGGGUGGACGGAUGCAUACGCUCCCUGGUGAUCGACGGAGGAAUGUGGGUGCUGUAUGAGGGGAGUAAUCACCGCGGCCGUCAGAUCCUGCUUCCGCCCAGCAAACUGGGUGAUUGGUGCAAGUUCAGCAGCUGGCCGCGAAUCGGAUCCCUGCGACCACUAUUGCAGAAGCAGGUGUACUUCCGUCUGCGGAGCAGAGAGACAGGCUACGUGAUGUCCCUGUCAGGGCCUCUGGAUGACAUCAAACUGCUGCGGGUCCAGGCCCUGGAGGAGACUGGGGGAGUGGACCAGGUCUGGAUCUACCAUGAUGGAGUCCUACACUGCAAGCUGGUGGAGGACUGUUGCCUGCAGAUCACGGGGAGCGUUGUCAUGGCGGGCAGCAGGCUGUGUGUGUCUCCUCCAGAGCCAGGGAAAGACAACCAGCUGUGGAACAUUACCCCAGAUGGCCUGGUCCGAUGCCACCUCAAACCUGAUCUGGUGCUGGAGGUUAAAGGUGGACAAAGUUAUGACAAAACUCAAGUGAUUCUCAACACAUUUGAUGAGAGAAAACACAACCAAAGAUGGUCUUUGGAGAUCCUGUAAUAUAGUGUCAAUAGGCCCUUCAACAGCAACUCUGACUUGGGCUUCAGAACUUCUGGUGCAGUUCUGCUGUGGGCCUCAGAUUCCUCUGGUGCAGCUAAGCCAAGGGUGUUAGACCUUUCUUGCAUCAUAAAGCCAUGGGACUCAGAGCUCUGUGAUGCAGCUCCACCGUGGGACCCAUACUCUUAUUUCUUUAUGAAGUUCCUCAAUGGGCCUUAAUGCUCUGUGAUUCUAGUCUGCAGUGGGCCUCGAGAUAAUCUGCAAAAUGUGUUGAGCUUGUGCGCAUCCAUAUUAGACUGUCUUUGUGAAACACAUCUAUAAACUAGUAACCUACACAUUUCCAAGUCACUGCAAAGAGAAAGAAACCAAACAACAUGCGGCUACAGAACUAUCUAUAGAGCAAGGGCGGCAGGUAGCCUAGCGGCUAAGAGCAUUGGGCCAUUAACUGAAAGGUUGCUGGUUCGAAUACCCGAGCCGACUAGGUGAAAAAUGUCGAUGUGCCCUUGAGCAAGGCACUUAAACCUAAUUGCACCUGUAAGUUGCUCCAGAUAAGAGCAUCUGAUAAAUGACUAAAAUGGAAUACGUUUGUGUCUCUACUAUAUUCAUAGCCUUUACAAUUAGUUAAGUGUGCUUCACCAGUCAAUUACUGAAAUGUAUAUUUUUUCACACAAGGGUUAUUCUAUGAAGUCACACAUUCUUAAUGUCAUAGAUGAACACUCCUUGAAUUCUCGAAAUUAUACGUUUUGUGUAGAUAUGUUGUUAACACUUCAUAACACGGUCAUAACCAUGUCAUAAUAUGUUAUAACACCUACAUAAGAGUGUCAAAACCCAUAAAACCUACC